UCAUAACAAAUAUGGCGUCCCUGGAAACCGCGAAAACGAGGCUUUAAGCUAGUAGCGGUAGCAAGGUGCUAAAAUAUACAUGUCAACUUUAUUUUGUUCAAUUACACGUGAAUUUAUAAAUACUUGUGGAAAGUUAAUGAAUUAAAAGUUAUUAAAGACAUUAUGGGAGAUUUAUAGAAACAACUUCUGGUAUUGGAUAUUUUGUGUCAAAAAGUUGGACCGGAAGGAUGGCGGAGCAGACGUAUGGGUGGUAUCCUUCUGCCAAAAAUGUCUACGAGGACAGACGACUAGACACCCUAACACCAUAUCAGUUAGAAGCUCUCUAUCGCUACAGAGAUAGCAAAUAUUACACAGCGCCGGCGACACCACCGGAGCAGCGGACGCCAAAGCCGCCUCGUCCCUCGCCGUCCCCCGCCGCUCGUCCACAGUCCACCGGCUCCAAAGCUGGCUCGUCUUCACAUCAGGGCAAACUUGCAUUCCGAGUAGGCAGCGCACCCAUCCACACAACCUAUAGGCCCCCUCCGAGAUUAAACCUCCCAACACCUCAACAAUGUUGGUCUACGCAUGUACCGCAAACGGAAAUUACAGUCCAACCUCCGCAGCCAUCACCCGCGCCAUCCCAACAACCAAUGUACACCCGUCCGACACCUAGCCCACAGGCAGUCAUAUCGUCACCAGUCCCGUCGCCUAAAGGAAAAGCUGUUCGUGUACAAAGUGCAACCGUGCGUCGCCACACGCCCUCAAAACCACAACGUCCAGUGAAAUCCGCCGGGUCAUUCCGCCCGUCGCCGUCCCCUGUUCAAUCACCACCUGUUCCACCGCCGACGCCGCCCGCAUUCUGCACGUGGCCACAUCCACAGGCGGACCUUGACUAUCCGAAUGGCUACAACCAGUUUCCCGACAGAGUCAUCCUCUCACCAGAGCGGCCGCCAGCGCCAUCACCAGUUGUUUCCGACAGAUCGGUCCAAAGGCGUGUCUCCUCGCGUGGUUCCGUCGGAAAACCGCCUUCUGGGCGGAACACGCCGCUCAGACCUAGGGCACCGUCUCCGCAGACGAUGGAACUACAUCUUCAAGUGGAGGGAGAACGAUGUGAGACGCCGGACUACUUUGAGGAGACGAGAAAGCACGGGUGGCCAAUGGAGGUACAUGGGGAUCCAUUGAAAAUCAAGAAAGUGGCUCGAAGGUUACCGUACACCGUGAAACUACCGGAACCGGAAACGGAGCGAGACCCGCCCAAAGUCCACAUGGAGAACAACGAGACUUUCUUCCUGAAUACCAUACCCCGGCGACCCAUGGCCUUCGCUGUGGACAAGGAAUGGAUUUCGGAAGUCAUUAACAAGAAACGUCAAGAAAUGCAGAAGAAGCAGGGCGGCAUACACUAUAGAUACAAAAAUUUCGCUUUCGUGUAUUAGUGUAGUAUUAUUAGCGCUGACCGCUAAAGCCCAAUUCCACCCCAACAGGACAAUUGUAUUCAUACGCGUUUGUAUGGUUUCGACAUACCUGGGUGGAUUUAGUGACUGUGUACGGUGUUUAGUCAUAGCUGGACUGUUGGGGAGGCGUUAUGGAAGUGAGAGUUAAUGAUCUUUUCAAAUAAGUUACAUUUUUUUUUAAGUUUACAAGAGUGUGAAACGAUGUUUGUUGAACCAGAUGAGGCCACUUACAGGGAAAACGGCAAGUUGCGAAUUUAUCUUGGUGUUUAACAGUUUAUUUUCGAGUACAUCUAGACAAAAAUGCCCAUGCGUAUACAUAAUGUAAUUACGAAACAUGUUUCUAAAUAUAUAUAUUAUAUACGUACAAGAUUCGUCUUUGAAUACCAUUGUGUGGUUGGUAAACCAAUUGUAAUCCUGUAUUUUUGUUAGGGAAACAUUGCUUCUGUAGCUUUCUGAAUUGUAUAAAAUGUUUCAUUCAUUUUUUUCAUUAGCAACGGAAAUCAGAUUUGGAUGGAAAACUAUUCGGAACUUCUCGGACAUUUUCCAUAGUUGUUUUCGAUGGAAAAUGGCCGAGGAGUUCUGAAUGACGGCUUUCAACAUUUUCUUUGGUACAGAACGCAAGUGCUUGCAAGCUAGGCAUAAUAUAUCUAUUGCUAUGUAAUUGUAAUUGUUGUAUAUAGUCACGACUUGUACAUAUUAAAUGGCUCGUACAUAUUAAAUGGCUCUUCAGGAAUAUUAAUCGCAAUUAUGCCAAUUCUCGCUACAUAGAAAUCAUGACAAAUCUACAUAAAUGUAGAAGUGUUCGUAGCUCAAUUUAUACAAUCAUUUAAAUAUUUCAUUUGAUGGAAAACUGACUACAUCUGCAAAUUAAGCCAAUGACUCUUUUAAAUUAAAAGUUAAUCAACGAUGUGAAAUUCUUUUCCCAAAACGCCACACCCGUUAAAGCCUCAUAUGACAUAAUGGGAAAUUUCAUACUGUGACUAAAUUGUAUUUUAAACUCUUAGGAUUUGGAUUCCAUAUUUCAAACGGCUUUAUAGAAAUAAGUUCAAUGUCGGUAAAAUGUUAUUUGGAAUGUUUGCUUACAUUGUUGUAUUUCAUUUAAUUCAUUUAACCAUAAAUUUACCAUUUAGAUAAUAAACAAGUAUCAAUUUAAGAACAUACACAAUUGGUCCGAUUGUUCGGAACUUUGUUUAAUUAACAACGUUGUUAACGGGAUAGUUGUUAACCAAGAUUGUUGUUAACGGGAGAGUUGUUAACGGGAGAGUUGUUAACCAAGAUUGUUGUUAACGGGAGAGUUGUUAACAGAAUCGUUGUUAACGGAAUCGUUGUUAACUUUUAGGGGUGAAAUAUUUGAUGCUCAUAUAUUCGCAUAGGACAUGUACAGCUGGAACAAAAACUUGUUAGAAAUACUGCAGAUCACAAAUGUGUCAAUAAAACAUCCAUACAUGUAGUAGUAAUUCAAAAAUUUAACAACACUCACGUUCACAACGUUGUUAACUUUAGUUCUGAACUGCCAUUUUUUUUUGAUUGUCAGAACAAACUGAAACUUCAAAAUAAUACAAGGUAUCAUCUGGGACCUACUCCCAGGUAUCAUGUAUUUUCAUGGCAAGUUUUGUUGAUUAAUAUGUUAGUACUAGUUCCUCUAUCUGUGAUAUUUGUUGAACCAACCUUGCUGUAUUCUGUUAUGACUUUUUUAAAGAGUUUUUCUUUAACAUUCGUAAUGUCGUCAGCGAAAAUGGGUUCGGUUGAAGCGGCCAUGUUUAUAUUGAGAAGAAAUGAAAAUGACCAAAGUUAUAUAACUUAUCACAAAUGAAUUAGAAAUUAUAUUUUUUUAAUUUCAAUUUAUGUCAAAAUUGCUACGCUUGCUUACUUAGGAGUCACCAUACAUUGCAAGUAUUUUUAUAUCACUUUUUCCUCCACUAGACUCAAUUUCGAUGAUGACACAUUUUGUUACCUAUCAUUACAUAUAUCAUGCCUGUUUCAUAGUUAUUAGAUAUAAGAACUGAACAUUCUCUAUAGUAUAACAGUGUAUUAUAAGAAAUAAGAAAACAGCUUUAAGUCUAGAAUGACAUGGUUCACCUCAACAAAAUUUUGUACAACAAAGUUCUGAAUAUGACAACCUUAUGUGUCAAACCUAAGGUAAUUUUGUGCUAUAUGUUCAGCUUAGUAUGUCAAAUUAAACGCUACUGUUAUGGGACAUGCACCAACAAAGCUAAUUUUCAUUUCAAAGAAAGUUACUUUCAUUUUGCACAAAAUAACCUUUGGUUUUGCACACUUUGGUUGUGAAAUUCCCAACUUUGUUCAGCAAAAUUUUGUGAAAAUUAACAUUGACUUUCUAGAUUAAUGUUUUUUUCUAAUUUCACAUAAAACAGUGUUCUAUAAAUCCAUGACCAUCCAUUGAUUAUAAAUUGAUAACAAUAAUUUAUUAUCAUAAUGUAAAAUCACUCAAAAACCGGUAGUUAAGUAGUGUUCAAAUCAGAAACAUACUUUUAAACAUUUCAUCAUAAUAUAAACUAUUACAUAGUGUUUCUAUUGAUAUGUUAUACAUUGUCUUACAUUAGAUGUCACAGGGUCUGCUAUUUUAAGAACUUUUAACAAAUUAAUGCUAAUAAAAUUUGAAACCUACAUUUUUGUUGUCCAAAUUAUCUAUGAACAUUCUUAAUUAUUCUCUUGAAAUCUAAGUUUGGUAUUAAAGCCGUACUGACAAGAAUUUGUGUAAUGUGAACAUAAUAUGGUAAAUAACUUAAUAUAUCAUAGAAAUGUCUUAUAAUAAUUGCCCCAAUUCUUGAAACUUCUUAAGCUUAACAGGCUUAAGUAGCUUAUUUCAAUUAGCCAAAAUAUAUACUUAAAUUGGAUUUUGAUUGAUAAAAAAUGGUUCAUUGUAAUAUCUUGAAGAUGAUUCCUAUCUUAAGUGUAAAAAUUCUUAAAAAAGUAAAUACUACGCAAAUAAUUGAAAGACAAAAAUAGUGAGCUUCUAAGCUUAAUCCUGUUAUAAGGGACUUAAGAAGUUCCAAGAAAUUGGGCCCUGUACAUUAAGUCCCAUAUCGGCACAGGUAACAAGAAGGCUGAGCUCAAUCUAGGAUUUUCCCAAGGAAGUCUCAGCUUAGGAUGCUUGGACCCUCAUGGUUGUCAAAUGUAGGUCUCUGGUACCAUUAUAGGGUCUACUAUAUCGUUUUUACAAAACAAAAGAGUUUUUUCAGAGUCCCAAUGAUGCAAAAUAAGUUCAAAAUUGUGAAGAUAAAUCACAAUGCUAUUCAGUUAUAUCACAUGCUAGUUAUUGAAUGCUGUCCUUGACAACAGGGUACAAAACAAUUUAGCAUAUAAUUUCAAUAACUCGGGUUGUGGGUAUAGUAACUUUAACUUAUUUUCAUUCUGAAAAACAAAAUAAGAACUCAUGGUUGUCCAGUUGGUGCAGUGAUUAGCACACUCGCUUCUCACCACACUGACCCAGGUUUGAUUCCUAGCCUGGGCGCAAGUGAGUUUGGUUUGUGGUCACCAAACCGGACAAGUGGCUUUUUUUUCGGGUACUCCAGUUCUCCCCACAACACAAGACCACACUCUCGCGUAAAAUCGUGCCAACGUGAUAAAUAUAAUGUUGUAAUAACUUGCUUCACAAUCGUUGUAAAAUAAA